GAAUCAAAUGCCUCAAAACGAGUAUAUCGAAGAACAUAUCAAACGUCAUGGACGACGUCUGGAUUAUGCCGAGCGCAAGCGAAAGAGAGAAGCUCGUGAAGUUCACAAGAACUCUCAAUAUGCUCAGAAGGUGCAUGGUCUGAAGGCCAAGUUGCUCAACAAGAAGCGUCACUCUGAAAAGAUUCAGAUGAAGAAAACUAUCAAGCAGCAUGAAGAAAAGAAUGCUAAGCAGAAGGCAGCUGAUGCUGUACCUGAAGGAGCCGUUCCUACUUAUCUGUUGGAUCGUGAGGGUGAACAACGUGCCAAGAUCUUGUCCAACAUGGUCAAGCAGAAGCGCAAGGAAAAGGCUGGCAAGUGGAAUGUGCCUUUGCCCAAGGUCCGUGGUAUUGCUGAAGAUGAAAUGUUCAAGGUCGUGAAGACUGGUAAGAAUAAGACAAAGUCAUGGAAGCGAUUGGUUACCAAAGCUACCUUCGUCGGUGAGGGUUUUACCCGUAAGCCACCGAAGUACGAACGUUUUGUUCGCCCUAUGGGUCUCCGUUACAAGAAGGCACAUGUUACCCAUCCUGAGUUGAAGGCUACUUUCCAAUUGCCCAUCAUCUCUGUCAAGAAAAACCCUCAAAACCCUCUUUACACUCAAUUGGGUGUUAUCACCAAGGGUACCGUCAUUGAAGUGAAUGUUUCCGAGUUAGGUCUUGUCACUACAGGAGGCAAGGUUGUGUGGGGCAAAUACGCACAGGUCACCAACAAUCCAGAGAACGAUGGCUGCAUCAACGCUGUUCUUCUUGUAUAGAUAGAUAAACCUCCAACAUUACCUUCUUUUUUAUUUGUUCUCACUGCCAUUUCAAAACCAUUCCAUUUCCUUCAUUCUUCGUUUUCCUUCAUGCUGUGUAAAUAAUAAUGGUAUCAAAAUCCC